CUUUAAUAUAACUUCACUGUUUUUAACGGACCUGUGCUUGGGUGCAGUGCACACAGCCGUCUUUAAACAAGGGCAUUAUUACAAAACAGUACUUGAACCCUGAGGUGAACAGUUUAAUUUCUCAGAGUGAAAAUUGCCGUGGUUAGGUCAUUUGGACAGGGUGUCUUUUAAAACAUGUUAAUUCUCAUUUAGUCUGGAAGGCUAGCUUGCAUAGAACUGGUGUCUUCUUCCUGGAUCAAGACCAUUUACAACAUUUUCGGAAGCACUCCUGUGCCUUGCAUAGGUGGCAGAUAGUAAUCUGAACUGCAGGGCAUGCUGGUGGCGUGAAGGUUUGGAUACAGCUUACCUAUCUGGGACAUUUUUAUCUCAAGCAAAUCUUUUUCUGCACAAAUAAAAGGAGGCUCUACUGAUCCGACAAUGGCACAGAAGCUACAGGCCGAGAACUUGUAUAGGGCUGUGGAACGGAAGCUGUGGAUCAUGAACUGCACCCUGUUACCAUUCUGUGGCCUGCUGUGGAUGUCUCUGAACUUGUGUGCUUCACGCCCUGUUGCAGACAGAGUGAAGAUAGAUGCCAAAAAUCUCACUCGUACCAUUAUUGCCAGACUCCAGCAACAAAACAAUCAGAUCUUGCUUCCCAGAAACCUCAAAAUCAGUGGCCUAGAGUUCAUUCCUGUAGAGAUCCCUUUGGAAAGUUUAGAAUCCAUGGAUGAAACUUUGGAAAUCUUUGAAAAGGUUCUAGCUAGUUUGGCAUUGGACAAUGUGUUACAAAUCUUGUAUGACAUAGAAAAUCUUCGAACCCUCAUUCAAUCACUGGCUGCAUCCUUGGGGUGUAGUUUCAGUCGGACACCUUCAUAUGACACCCUUCAGAACUGGACUGAGGAAUAUGCCAUUUCUCCAUACACAACGGAAAAGGUUGCCUUGGACCGACUUCAGAAAUGUCUGCACAAAAUGGCACAGCACCUUGAACAUGUACAGAGCUGCUGAAAGACCCCUCACAUAACAAUGGUUUACAUUAUGGGUUCACCUUCAUCAGCCCACAUCCCAGUCUGUCUUUCUAUUUUAUUGUUUACUUAUUUAUUGAUACAUAGACUAUAUUUUUGAUAAAUGUCUAUAUAUAUAAAUAUGUAUAGUAAGAGAUAUUCUGUGAUAAGUAUUUUGUAAUGAUUAUUAAAGUAAUUUUGAGAACGCAGCACAGACAGAUCCAACAAAAGAACCACAGUAUGAAAUAAAUUACCAUUUUGUUUGUCCAAGCAGAUAGGACUGCUAACACUGUAUCAAUCUUUUUUCCUAAGGAGUUCUCUGCAUCUAACAGAAAACACUAUUGGGUAUUUUGUUUUAAAACACUCACUAUUUUGCAGUAGAUGGUAUAUUUCCUGCUCUUUCCAAAUAAUGCUCAUGUGUUAUGAAGCUAUUGCAUUAGAGUCAGUAGAUCCCAUUGGCUGAGAUCAUUCUCAGAGGACAAAUUGUUGCCAAGUGUUUAAAUCAUAAUGUUUUGACCUACUGGACAACAACAUAAACACCUCUGCUAAAUGUAUAAUCUUAAUUGCUUCAAUACUAUUAUGUGACACAGUCAGUGAUAAUGGGAGUCAGAGAGUGAGACCCUACUGUAAAUGAGAUGCCACCCCUUAGUGGGCUAGCUUAAAGUCGCACAACCAGCAGCAAAGAAUAAAUAAAUAAAUAAAUAAAUAAAUAAAUAAAAUACUCA